AAAGUCAGUCUUUCAAUGAACCAGAUUGUCGCCCAGACACUCCUUUUCUUCCUUGCCGGCUCGGACACUACAUCGAUUACAAUAGCUUGUUGCUUGCACGAGCUAACACAGAAUGAAGACGUUAUGCAAAAAUUGAAAGAAGAUAUUGCUAAAACACUAGAGAAACACAAUGGGAUUAUCUGUUACGAGUCUAUCCAAGAAAUGGAAUAUUUAGAUUUAGUAAUUCAAGAGGCUGCCCGCAAAUAUCCAGCAUUACCUGUUCUCAAUCGGAUAUGCACGAAACCUUUUAGAAUUCCUGACAGUGAUAUUGUCAUCGAGAAAGAGACACAACUAAUAAUAUCCGUCUUGGGAUUCCACAGAGAUCCAAAGUACUUCCCGAAUCCAAUGAAGUUCGACCCCGAACAAUUUCGUGACGGCAGCAAAGCAUUCAACACGAAUGCCUAUAUUCCUUUCGGAGAUGGACCACGGACUUGCAUUGGGAUGAGGCAAGCGAAACUCAGCGCCAAGAUGGCCGUAGUUCGAUUGCUGACUAAAUUUGAAUUGAGUGCACUCAACAAGCGAGAAAUAGAAUUCGAUAAUUUCGCAAUAGCUUUGAGGGCGAAAAAUGGAAUUAAUCUAAAAGUAUCGAAACGCCUUCAAACAGCCUGAAAAUAUCGAAACACCUGUAAAGGUCGUGAUACCACUUAAAAAAAAUUAUUUUC